AUGAACCAAACUGAAAAUAACGAUGAAAUCACUUUGGAUAUGCUUGAUGAAGCCUUAGAAAGCAAUUUAAUUGAUGAGGUAUUUGGAUUUUCAGAAGGUACAGUAAGUACAAAUAACAAUGAUGAUGAUAUUGAUUUACAAAUUCCUCCUGAAGUUUUUGGAAAUGGUUUUGAUGAGACUAUACCUAUUAGAGAUCCAAAAUGGGAAGAUACUGAUUGGAUUGAAGAAGAUGUUACAUGGCUUGAUAAAUUACCUGAUCCCCCUGAUAGUUUAAAAUAUCCAUAUUCUUAUUUCAAAAUGAUUAUAGAUGAUGCUAUUAUAAAAAAUUUAAGUGAACAGACUAAUUUAUAUUCUGCUCAAAAUAAUGGAUUUAGUUUAAAUACCACACCACAAGAAAUGGAACAGUUUCUUGGCAUAUAUUUGUUCAUGAGUAUUGUAAAAAUGCCUUCAUACCGUAUGUUCUGGUCAAACCGAACUAGAUUUAAUCCUGUUUUUGAAACUAUGUCACGGAAUCGGUUUGACAAUCUUCGAACUAAUUUUCACAUAUCUGACAAUGAUUUAAUGCUUCCCAGAGACAAUCCAUUGCAUGAUAAAUUGUUUAAAAUAAGACCGUUCAUUAGUUCUGUUCAAAACAAUUUUAAGAAAAUUCAAGCUGAUGAAUUUUGUGCAAUCGAUGAAAUUAUAAUUCCAUUUAAAGGACGAUCUCAAAUGAAGCAAUACAAUCAAAAUAAACCCCAUAAAUGGGGUAUAAAAGUUUUCGCCAUUGCAUCUAUUAGUGGUUUUAUACACGACUUCGAAAUUUAUGUGGGUAAAGGUACACUGCCUGCAACAGGAUCGGGCUUAGGUAUUAGUGGUGAUAUUGUUAUACGUUUAUUAGAAACUGUACCUAAAUUUAAGAACUAUAAAGUAGCAACUGAUAAUUGGUUCAAUUCGUACAAUUUACAAUGUCACUUAAAAUUUUCUGGGAUGUUGGGUAUUGGUACAGUUCGAACAAAUCGACUGUCAGGUUGCACAUUUAAAAAUGAGAAAGACAUGAAGAAAUCAGGUCGUGGAACAUAUGACACCAAAGUUGACACUACUAAUAAAAUUGUUGCUACUAAGUGGUAUGAUAAUAAAUUUGUCCAUGUUGUUUCCAAUUAUAAAGGCAUUCAACCAUUAGAUGAAGUGGAAAGAUGGUCUACAGCAAAAAAGAAAGAGUUGUUGUACCUAGACCAGCAUCAAUUAAAGAGUACAACAGGUUUAUGGGUGGUGUUGACUUGCACGACAUGCUCGUUGAGUUGUAUAGAACUGAUAUUCGCGUUCGAAGAUAUUAUUUACGUAUAA